AUGGCCUUUAAUAGCUUCGGAGCUUCCAACCCCGCGGGUGGGAGCGCGCCAGCGGAGCUGGGCCCGGAGCUCCCUGAGGUCUACACUGAUAAAGUUGGUUUCAAGGGCCUCAGCGGCGAUGCCAACAUUCGACUACUUCCUACCCCAUGGCCUAACGACGCGCUUCCUUCUCCAACCUCUUCCCUCCUGGCUGUCGCGCAGACCAAAGGUGUCAUUGUUGGCGCUGGUCCCGAUUGCCUUGUAGUCGCCAAUACCGAUUCAGCCCGACAAGCCAUUGAGGCGCCUGCUGGCAAAGACAAAGUGAAGACGAAGCCGAAAUGCGCAACCCACCAUAUCGAUUCCAACAAAUGGCGUCUCUCUCGCGCUCUGGUGCCCAACCCGGAUCCCAACUCUACCUAUGUUGCCAUGGUCACUGUUAAUGGUGAACUCUUGAUGGCUGAUCUGAGGGCGGGCUCAUUGGUGAACGGGCCCAACGGGCCUAUUCUGAAGAAUAGCGUCAGUUGCGUUGCAUGGAGUACGAAGGGAAAGCAGGUCAUUGCUGGACUGGCUGAUGGAACGGCAGCCCAGAUGACACCAGAUGGUACGCCAAAGGAUCAAGUUCCCCGGCCCUCUGAUCUGGAGGGUGAAUGCCAUGUCUCCUCUGUCGUAUGGUUGGAAAACGACCUCUUUUUUAUGGCCUACACCCCAAAUCCAGCAGAAGAGGACAUGUCAUCCUACUAUAUUCUCACCAGACGCAAACAGGCGCCCUUUUUGAUUCAGAAGUUGCCCGAAGUUUGUCCCACAAUGGGAUUUCAGAUGAGAAACACGGCGGCGUAUCAAUUCGUCGCACGGCUGCGAGAUUACAAACCCCAUUUAAAGGAUGCCUUGAUUCUCUCAUCAACAAGGUCUCCUGAUCUCAGUAUCAUCGUCCGCUCCGAGCAAUCGCUAGCGAGUGAUGAUCCUUCUCUGGCGAACCAAUUUGCGGUUGUUGAUUUCAGCGACGACACAAAACGAGCAUCAGUUCCAUUGCUGGACGACGGCGGCGAAACCUCUGUUAUCGGCUUUGCACCUGAUCUCUCGUCCAGCUCAAAUGUCAUCAUGCCCAUUCAAGGCGCAGACAUCAACGAGACCUCUACCCCUUUGCCAGGCAUAUUCCUCCUCAACAAUGAAGGAAUCUUGUCAGCAUGGUGGUUGAUUUAUAACGACGCAAUCCACCAGCAGGUUGCCUACUCUGGCCUCGUCACCGCGGGCUCAGGCCCGCAGGCAUCUUCCCAGCCCCAGCAGUCUAACCCAACCCCUCCUACUCCUGCGCAACAACAGCCCGCGUUUGGUCAGUCAUCCUUCGGCACGCCGUCAUUCGGUGCAUCUGGCUUCGGCAAGCAAUCUGGAGCUCCCGCUUUCGGCAGCCCUUCUAGCAUGGGAGGCUCAACCAUGGGUGCCACAGCGUUUGGAAAGCCAUCUGGCCCUUCCUUUGGAAGCCCCUCUCCCGUGGGCGCCUUUGGAACCGCGAGCACGCCUGGACAGCCUACAUUCGGUAAAUCAGGCUUUGGCGCAGCGGCAUCUCCAUUUGGUACACCGGGAAAGAGCCUAUUAGGGACUGGUACCGGCUCCACUGGCGGUGGUUUUAGCUCAUUCUCAGGCGGAGGUGGUUUCGCUGGCUUUGCAUCCACGAAGCCUGGCGAGUCGCCCUUCACAAAGCCUUCGACUGGUGAGAGUGCGUUUUCAAAGCCCGCGGCAGCGUCCCCCUUCGGAGCUCCGUCCCAGACCGAUUCGGCCUUUACCCCCAAGCCUGCCGAGGUCAAGAACCCGUUUGGAGCUGGUUCCGGGUCGAGUGGCUUUGUUCUCGGCUCGUCCUUCAAGGGUGAUGGUACAGCUGCUAAUGAUGGACCCAAGUCUGACAAGCCGUCCUCGGGUGCCUUCUCCUUUGGCAACGCGUUUGAUGAUAUGGUCUCGUCAUCUAAUAAGACGAGUCCCCAAGCAGAAUCUAUGGAUGAUGCAGAGGAUGCCAGUAUGCCCGAGCAGCCUGCACAGGAGGAGUCGCCCAAGUCGUUGUUCGGCGCGCCCAGUACAUUGGAGCAGCCUGCGAAGACAGACGCUCCUUCGAUUUUCGGUGCUCCAAGCAAAAUGGAGCAGCAACCAGCAAAGUCAGAGGCCAAGUCCCUGUUUGGCGCGCCCAGCAAGUUGGAGCCGCCGGCGAAGACUGAGCCCAAGUCACUUUUCGGUGCCCCUAGCAAACCAGAUCAGCCUGCGGAGACCGAGUCAAAAUCAUUGUUUGGAGCGCCCAGCAAGCCGGCCGGUCCUCCGACCUCUCUCUUCGGUCAACCCUCGCCCGCUGCCCGAAACAAUCCCUUCGGACAGCAAAAGGAGACAAGCUUUUCUUUUGGCGAGAAGAAGCAGACCGAGACGAAAAAAUCCAGCUUCUCGAUGUUCGGUAACAACACAACCACCACUAGUCAAACCUCCUCUCAGAACCAAGUCACCAGCUCUUUGUCUGCACCCUCGGACAAGACAGAGACUCCAAAGAGAGGAGAUGGGGAAGGGUCUGUGACAACGCCGAAAUUUUCUUCCCUCGAAGCCCCAUUGCCACCGGAUUCCACAACUCCGUGGAUGACGCACCCCUUCCCCCCUGACUUCAUUUCUAUGAAGAAGUCUUCGGUCAGGGAGAGCGAUGCUCCACUCCCUCCUGACUUCCUGACACAAAAGAAGACCAUUCCUAAGAUGGACGACGCUCCUCUUCCUCCAGACUUUGUGACAAAACCCAAGAAGGAGAAAAGCCCGCCUCCCGUACCCGAAGAGGCACCUCUCCCUCCGGAUUUCACUGCCACUAAGAUUAAGUCUGAACCCGUGAGUGAAGAUGAGGAAGAGGCUGUUCCAGUCCCAGACGGUUCCGAUGCGGAUUCUGAGGAAGAAAUAGAUGAGUCCGAUUUCUCUGACAGUGGUGAAGAAAUCACUCAUGAUGAGACCAAUGAGAUCAAAAUCCCGAGUCCGAAGCCUUCCGCCGAAAGCUCGUUCGGCGGCUUAUCUGACAAGAGCUCUACCGGAGGACUAUUCAGUGGGAUCUCCAAGCUCGCGCCCAAGCAGGAUCAACCUCCACGACAACUGUUUGGUGAAAUUCCCAAACAGCCACUUCUCCCUCCUCCUGGACCUUCUGCACGAACCGGUCGUGAACCCUUCCGCUCGCCUAGCCCUACGCGUGUCCACUCUCAGAAGAAUGCUUUGUUCUCUCAGAAUCAUAGCCGCCCUGCAGCAGGAAGUGCUUUGACUUCGCGCAAGGCUUCUCUGACCCAGAUGGCCCAGCGGGCAGGACAGCUGCGAAAGCCUAGUGAUACUGCUCGCCAGGAUCAUGCUCGCGCCCAGGCUCUCGCCCAGCGACAGGAAGAGGAAGAAGCUCUGUCUCUUUCGGAUGACGACGAGGAUGAAAGACUUCGUGCUGACCUUGCUCGUCCGGUCGAGCCAGUGUCCACUCUUGACCCAUUCUUGCCUCACCAAAACUAUAUGGGUGAGACAGCCAAGCCUGGCAUUGCUGGUAUGAUUGAACGUCUCUACCGGGAUAUUAACUCCAUGAUUGAUACAUUGGGUAUCAAUGCUCGGUCAUUGGAAUCGUUCCUCCUCUACCAGCAAACUGCCGAGACUUCUGACGCGGAUGACUGGGUGGAUGUGCUGAAAAGCGAUCAGCCUGCCGAUAUUAUGGAUGAAAAGGUUUGUUUGGAAGAUAUUGAUAAGUUGGACUAUAUCAUAACCUGUCUCAACCAAUCUCUGGACGAACAGCGCGUACAAGGAGUGGAGGAGAAGCUAGAGCAAUGCCGUGACAUGCUUACCAAAGACAUUGUUACGCUACGUGGUCAAUGUGCCAGCAUUCGCAAAACACUCGACGCACACACUGAUACCGGCUCCAUCCUGACGGCACCUCUGUCUGCCGAGCAGGCCGCCCUCCAGCACGACUUGCGGACUGCAUUCACGCAAAUCCAGGCUAAGAUGGCCGAUCUCGAGCAGGGUGUCUCCCUCCUGCGAGCCAAGAUUGCUGACAUCCCUCGCCCUGACGGCUCAGGCAGCGGCCGCAAACGCCCUACUGUUGAAGCUGUGUCCUCGACUAUUGCCACAAUGAUGAGCAUGGCCGAGGGUAAGAGCAGUGAUAUUGAUGUCCUCGAAGCUCAGAUGCGGAAGCUCGGUAUCGAUCUCAAUGGCUCUUCCGCUUCUGUCAGCCAUGAAGGAUCUCCCUUCGCCACGCCACGGAAGAAUAAUGGCCUCUGUCCUGCUACUCCUGGCUCGCGCGGUUCCAUUGAUGGUAGCGCCUACCACACACCCGAGUCUGCAUCCCGCGGAGUCAACUUCCGAGCCAGUGUCAACGGAUCCGCAAAGCACAGCCGUCUCCGCAGCGUGGAGCUCGUCGGGUCAAUGAGUAUUCAAGAAGACGUUGCACAAUGGAAAAACAAGUCUGCUCGCCGGAAGCAACUAGUCGCGAAUCUGAAGGGUGCAAUCGAGAAGAAACAAAACAAGGUUCGCAGCGUGGACUGCUUCUGUGCACGACCUCAUCUUUCAUCCAACACAACCAUGUCGCAAAUCGUUAGUGAAUUCGUCUACUUCAAGGUAAAGCGCAGCGUGAGGCCCGAGGAUCCCAAUAGCGAAGAGGGCCAAGCACUUCGUCAAGUUUUCAACGUCACCAAACAACAGAGCGGCCACUCGAGCUCUGCAUGGGGCCGCACUGUUGAGGAUCUAGACACAAUUGUCUGGGUCAUUAACUGGACAGACCCGCGUGGGUCAACAACAACUGGGAAACUAGAGCCCUUCCUCGCAGCAAGUUCACAACCACCAUCGACGCUCUACACCACACUGCAACCUCCCAUCAGUGGUACAGACACUCUUACUGCGAAUCCGAUCACAGAGCUAGCGGCACUGCCAUUCCCUAGCAACAUGACCGUGGCCGAGACCAAGGGGCUGAACACAGAUUUGCUCAACUUCCGCAAAGCCAUGACCGAAGAGCUCGGCCAGGACAAAGCGCCGCAAUCAUGGGCAAUGGGCCAUGUCGACCGGCCUGGGACGAUUCAGCACACGAAAAGUCCAAGCGGGCAGGCGGAGAUCAGGCUCCUGAUCAUUGGAUGGGCGAGCGUGCAAGCGCACAAGGAUGCGAAAGACACGGAUCAGUUUGUCAGGAGUAUUCAACCGCUUCGGCAGAAGAUGUUAACACCUAUUCCUGGGUUGGAGAUGAAGCAUGUCAGUUUCCAGAAGAUUUGA